CUGCCACGCGCCAGCCGUAUAACCGCGCGGCCCGCGCGCGCGCUUUGCUCCUAGCACCGACACCUGAGCAGGCUAUGGCUGCUGCUUCCCUCGUGUCCACGUUGGCCGCCCGGCUGCUCCGGCCCGCACAGAACUCCCGCCUCUACCACCGUCCUUUCCACCUCUCGGCAGUUCGAAAUGAAGCUGUUGUUAUUUCUGGAAGGAAGCUUGCCCAGCAGAUCAAGCAGGAAGUGCGGCAGGAGGUGGAAGAGUGGGUGGCAUCGGGCAACAAACGGCCGCACCUGAGUGUGGUUCUGGUUGGCGAGAAUCCUGCAAGUCAUUCCUACGUCCUCAACAAAACCAGGGCCGCUGCAGAUGUGGGAAUCAACAGUGAGACAAUUGUGAAACCAGCUUCAAUUUCAGAGGAAGAACUGUUGAAUUUAAUUAGUAAACUCAAUAAUGAUGACAAUGUCGAUGGCCUCCUUGUUCAGCUGCCUCUCCCAGAGCACAUUGAUGAGAGAAAGAUCUGCAAUGCUGUUUCUCCAGACAAGGAUGUCGAUGGCUUUCAUGUAAUUAAUGUGGGGCGAAUGUGUUUGGACCAAUAUUCCAUGUUACCAGCUACCCCAUGGGGUGUAUGGGAGAUAAUUAAGCGAACUGGCAUUCCAACCCUUGGGAAAAACGUGGUUGUAGCUGGAAGGUCAAAAAAUGUUGGAAUGCCUAUUGCGAUGUUACUGCACACAGAUGGGGCCCACGAACGUCCUGGAGGUGAUGCUACUGUUACAAUAUCUCACCGAUACACUCCCAAAGAGCAGCUGAAGAAACAUACAAUUCUUGCAGAUAUUGUGGUCUCUGCUGCAGGCAUUCCAAAUCUAAUCACAGCGGACAUGAUCAAGGAAGGAGCAGCCGUUAUUGAUGUGGGAAUAAAUAGAAUUCAAGAUCCCAUCACUGCUAAACCCAAGUUGGUUGGAGAUGUGGAUUUUGAAGAAGUCAAGAAGAAAGCUGGUUACAUCACUCCAGUCCCUGGGGGUGUUGGUCCCAUGACAGUGGCUAUGCUAAUGAAGAAUACCAUUCUUGCUGCAAAAAAGGUGCUGAGGCUUGAAGAGCAGGAAGUACUAAAGUCUAAGGAGCUUGGAGUGGCAACUAAUUAACUGUUGUGUCUUCUGUGUCAUGAACACUAUUCCAAGCCAAUUCAAGAGGCAAAACAGGCCAAUAGAAAUGCAGAAUUUUUAUUUAUUCUGCCGAAGUGGUUUUAAAUGAUGCUUUGUAUUUACUGAAAGCUUAAAUGGGUGGGUGUUUGUGCAUAUAGUUCCAUAGCACCUCACCAGGGAGCAUGCCAGUAUCAUGCUGGGUCAUAUGAUCUAGCUAUAGGAGAAGCCAUUAACCUAGUGAUUAACAUGGAAGAACACUGUCACAGUGAGAAUGGCUGCUUAACUUUGUCAGACCACUACAGUUACAAUUUGCCUUUUCUAGGAUUGCAUUUCCUAAGUGCUAUUCCAGAAAGAGUUGAUACUCUAGGUUCCAAACCUUUUGAGUUCAACUGGUCAAACCAAAGGGAAAAUGUUGCUAUAGAAAAUUAGGGAAAAGGUAAAAAAGGAUGGUAAUUGAGUAAAAAAAGUUACCCUAAUUUUAUACGUAUUGACAGAUGACCAGAAGAAAAGCUACAUGUUAAUAGUUUCCUCAGUUGUCAUGUUAUAGCUUAGUCAUUGGGAAAAUGUCUAGGGUUGUUCUAUGUGCUAUAAGCCCUUGUUUUUUGUAUCCAUGAGGUCUCUCCAUUUUAGUUUUCUAGAACUGAAAGGCUUAUUUUAUAAAUUGUGUGUAUUAUCACAUUUGUUUUUUUCUAUAUCUUUAAACUUCACUGUUAAGUUUUUUUUACUAUUGGGGGUUUCUGGGUGGUUUCUUUGGUGGAUCUUGAAACCUAUGUUUAAAAAACAAAACUUGGGCUUGAUGAUCAUUGGGGCAGCCUGUAUAAGUAGGGAACUUACUUUUCCACCAAAGAAUUGUUAGCAGCUGCCUGCUUUUCUCUGAAGCACCUGUUGGUCCACCACCCCCACCCCCCAUAGGUUUUUGAGAGCUUGAGUUACUAUUGAAUUUAACCAGACUUUCUGAUUAAAGGGUUUUCUUGUUUGCUUUUUUAAUAAAACAUUUCUGACUGGUAUGGAAUGAGUUUCUGAAA